AUGGAGAAUGGCUCAGAGGUGAAAGAGUUCAUCCUUGUAGGAUUAACAGAUAACCCAGAGCUUCAAGUUCCCCUCUUCAUAAUGUUCAUGGUCAUCUACCUCAUCACUCUGGUGGGGAACCUGGGAAUGGUGGUGAUUAUCUCUUGGGACUCUCGUCUCCACACACCCAUGUACUUUUUCCUCAGGAACCUCUCUCUGGUGGAUUUUGGCUACUCGACAGCCAUUACUCCUAAAGUGAUGACUGGGUUCCUUACGGGCAACAAAAUCAUCUCCUACAAUGGUUGUGCUGCACAAAUGUUCUUCUUUGUGGCAUUUGCCACUGUUGAAAGUUAUCUCCUGGCUGCUAUGGCUUAUGAUCGCCAUGUAGCUGUGUGUAAGCCCCUCCAUUACACCAGCAACAUGACAUCUAGUGUGUGUGCUGGUCUAGUCAUUGGCUCCUAUUUCUGUGGUUUUCUGAACUCUUCUAUUCACAUGGGACACACCUUCAGCCUCCACUUUUGCAGUUCCAAUGUGGUUCCUCACUUUUUCUGUGAUAUUCCCCCACUCUUGGCUCUCUCCUGCUCUGACACACACAUCAGGGAAUUAGUGGUUUUCUUUGUUGUGGGGUUCAAUGUCUUUUUUGCCAUUUUCAUUAUAUUGUUAUCCUAUUUAUUCAUUUUCAUUGCCAUCUUGAGAAUGCGUUCAGCUGAAGGCCGCCAGAAAGCCUUCUCCACCUUUGCUUCUCACCUCACAGCAGUGUCUAUAUUCUAUGGGACAAUCAUCUUCAUGUAUUUACAACCCAGUUCGAGUCAUUCCAUGGACACAGACAAAAUGGCAUCAGUGUUUUACACCAUGGUCAUCCCCAUGCUAAACCCUCUCAUCUACAGCUUGAGGAACAAGGAAGUUAAGAGUGCUUUCAGGAAAAUUGUUGAGGGUACGCAGUGUUCAUUAGGUCUCUAA